ACUGCUUUUCGGACAGGCCGGAAGGACGCGUGAAGGAAUGGCGGUGGUUGGUGACAGCAGCUUUCCUCCUUCCUCUUCGGUCCUCCUAUACCUGUCGCCCCUACCUCACUCCUCCUUCCAUUGGAGCCAAAUUAAGCUGUAGUAGCGGAAGCACCCUGUAAUUUGAAGCAAGAAUGGAUUCCAGGAUCUCCCUCCUCUGCUUCCUGGUCCUCGCCUCUUCCCUCCUGCACUGCGCCAGAUCUGAUGGCAACGAUGCUCAGCUCCUCAAGGGCAUCAACAGCUACCGAUCCUCCCUCAAGGUCCCCGCGCUGGCGGAGAACAAGAACGCGGCGUGCCUGGCCGAGCAGCUCGCGAAGCAGUUCAAGGGCCAGCAGUGCACCAACACCACCGGCGCCAACACCGUCAUCGGCACGGAGCAGCAGUUCCCGGACUACCCCAAGUACCUGGACCACUGCCACCUCAACGCGUCGGUGACCGAGGACGGGCAGGUGAUGCCGGCGUGCGUGCCGGGGCUCGUCCCCGACGUGGUGCUCACCAACUACACCAAGUCGCAGUACAACCGGUUCCUGAACGACAGCCAGUUCUCCGGCGUCGGGAUCGCCAAUGAGGGCGACUGGGUCGUCGUCGUGCUCAGCACCAGCACGGACUCCGGCGACUACUCCCCGGCUCCGCCGGGCUCGAACUGGGCAGCUUCGGUGCAGCCUUUCAGCCAGCUGAUUCUUUUGUUGGUAGGAUUUAUAAUUUUGAUGAUGAAGUGAGAGCCUGAGAGGUUGGUCAUACCUAUACACCACAAAGAGUGUAGUUUACAUUGUUUCGCUCAUUUUGUAUCAUUCAGAUUUCAAUUGAACUUGGCCUCAUCGGCAUUCUUAAAUGUUUUACUUUCGAUAUUGAUUAUAAA